CAGGGUGAAGGGAGAGCAUCAAACGUGAACAUGCAAAUAGUAAUUCAUGUCUGCUUAAGAUCUCUUGUCCGGCAAGGGUAGGUCAAAAGUCUGUCGCCGGAUGAUGCCAAGGAAUGGCACAACAAGACCUCAGCACGAAGGCGGAAAAUUCCUAGGGGAAACAAAUGGACCAAUCCUAUCCGGCAUGGGAAUAUUUACACUCCAAGCAUUACUACGGACGAACUCAAAGACAAGUCUUCUUCAUUUAAGAUGACUGACAACAGAGCUGUCACAGCAGCAAGCAAAGGAAGUGCAAAGUGGUUGUCCUAAGUAGACAGUUGUUGGCUGACGAGAGCAAGUCCGGACCCUCAUGUACCUACCCGGUUCCAAAGAUUAUGUUGUACUACAGAGAUCAUCAAGGUCCAUGGCUGAUCCUUGUAAUGGUCCAUCCAUAUCCGGCUGGGUUUCCUGUGUUCCUGACAUCUUGGGUACGGGUGGUCCUGGGAUUGUCCAAAUGGUUUCCUAAAAAGGCUGGCUCCAAAUGUGUAAAAGCAAGACGAAACGCAAAGAAAGAACAGCAAAAAGCCCGGUUGGGC